UAAGAAACGUGGGCGGCUCGCUUUGCUUUAACCAAUGAAUCUCCUUCUCUGUUUAAGUCGAUCUCGGUGUCAAUCAUUUUUUUUCUCAGUCAGCCUCCCUUCAAUCGCCAUAUUGGGUACUGAAAAGGCUUGUCUGUUUUUUUUUUCCCCCCCGUCUUACUACAAGACUAAAUUGACAGGAGUGGCUUUUGCAACUGCACUUUGUUUUGAUGGUCUGCGGAGAUUACUUUUGCUCGCGUUACAGUUUUCGCACGUCUUUUUCAGAUCACGGCAUGCCUGCGCUGGCGUUGUUGCUUGCAAUAAUAUUUGGCGUUCGUGUCGGAUCGAUUUGAAGGAGGCGAACAGAAUUAUAUAUAUAUAUUUUCAUUUACUCUUGUUGUUUUUUUUUUUCCCCCUGGCGUGGAGAGAGAGGACAAAAAAAAUGUCAAAUGUCCGUCUUUCAAAUGGUAGCCCGACGUUGGAGAGGAUGGAUGCGAGACCGUCGGAUCACCCCAAGCCGUCGGCUUGCAGAAACCUCUUCGGGCUGGUGGAUCACGAAGAGUUAAGGAGAGAUUUAAAGGGACACUUGCAGGAGAUGGAAGAGGCGUCCAAGGCGACAUACAAUUUCGAUUUCGCGAAUCACAAGCCCCUUUCGCCUGGGAGAUACGUGUGGGAAAUUGUGGAGGAUACGGAGGUACCGCGAUUCUACACGAAGCCGCCACGGGCGUCGAAGGGCAUCUGUCCGUCUGGGAAUAUCAGUUUGGAUCUUAAUGGGAAUCACAGCUGUGGGGGGACUGCGUGUCACGAAGGCACUGGGGACAGGCUUUCCGGGGACAGUGCGGAGAAACCGGCAAGUCAAACGGAUUGCAGGGACCAGCGCACUACGCCGAGGAAAAGAUCAGCAAGCCAUGCGGACUCAUCGCAAAAUAAAAGGGCCAAUACUACCGUGGAUGAAGUUGCCCUGAGCCCUAAUGUAACGAGGUCAGAGGAACAAACGCCCAGUAAAUCCAACCCCAGGCAACAGAAGUGAAGAUUUUAAGAGCUGAAGAUGUAUUUCCCUUGUUCAUCGAAUACAUCAGUGCUUGAUGAAGAGGAGCUGAGAAAAAUACAUAUCGUUAAUUCUCCAAGUGAUGGAGAUUACUGUACAAGCACUGAAUAUAUAUAAAAUAUAUAUGUAAACACUAAAGUUCUGGCACUCAAGAAAAAACUGCCUCUACAGCAGUCAAUGUAGCAGUGUGCAAUUAGGUGUCUCUUUUUGCUCAUUUUUUUACUACCUGUGUAUAUAUAUUUUUUCUCAUCAUAUGUAGCACAUAAAAAGUUUUAUUAUUGUUGCAAAUACAAAUUUCCUUUAUACGAAACGAGUGAAUUUUGUUUGACUUGAAGAUUUGAGGUGUAGUUUUUCAUAAUGUUUCCAAAAUGCUAUCGUUUUUGAAGUUUAUGUGUUUUUCAGUAGUUCUCAAGUUAGUACAAACUGGCAGACUAGAGUCGAGAUUUCCACAUCAUUGUCACCAACCCCCUGUAAAGCCAUUAUGCGUGGCUUUUAAAAAAAACCCUGUUUGCAGUGUUCAUGUGAUGUCCUCUACACUUGAUUGGUGUAGUAAGUUGUUUUAAAAUGUGUAUUGUGAUUUUGCAGUCAUCAUCCAGUGUAAACAUGUUGUACCGUUAACCCGAAGGAUAUGGUUGAGUGUGCAGCAAUUAAAACUUUUUGUUCAAAAUUUCAUCCAGUUAUAAAGCCGGUAAUAUACAAGGUUUUGUAGUGAAGUGCCAUAUUUUAUUUUUUUUAAAGACAUUGUGUUGGCAUGGCCUACUGGUAACUAAUUUUGCUGUAACAGCAGUAAUGGCGUAUAAUCUGGACUUUUCCUUUUGUCAUUUGAAAUGUUUUUCAGUCAUGCCUAAAUCUAUUUAAUUUGUUGGAACUUCUUACAUGUAGCAUAAAAGGGCACUGUGUUCAUUAGAAGAAGCAUUUCAUGUCUUCAUGAACCAGAAACUACAUUGCCUGUGUAUUUGUAAAAUGUAAAACUUUUGAAGUGUACCUGUGUACAUAAUGUUGUAAAAACACUGAGAAAUUAUACUAACUUAUUUAUGUUAAGAUUUUUAUAUAAUUUAGAAGAAUGGGUUUUGUCUAUGGUUAUCCAAAGUGACAUUUAUUGUGCAUUUCUGUAAAAGCUUUUUUUUUCUAGUAAGAUAAGCAAUUUGUUCAUUUUGCUUUUUUGUUCCUUUUUUGUGUUGUUUUUUUCCCUGAUUUUAAAAAAAAUCAUGUAAGGUUGCAGACUGAGCCAGAUUAAAAGAUUUGGUAUAUCUAUUUUUUUGUAAUGUGUGUUUAAAAAAUAUUGCAGUCCAUUAAAAAUGAAAAAAAAA